ACUAUAAAUGCCCACUCAGGACUUGGCAAUCCUGUUCACUCAUGAUCACAGAAGGAGAGAGAGAUAUGGGAAGGAGGCCAUGCUGUUCAAAGGAGGGGCUCAACAGAGGAGCAUGGACAGCUCUUGAAGACAAGAUCCUGGUGUCCUACAUCAAAACCCAUGGGGAAGGCAAAUGGAGGAGCCUCCCAAAGAGAGCUGGUGAAUUUUGACAGACACCUUCUCUUGGGAUUAGUGCAGAGUCUGAAGAGAUGUGGGAAGAGCUGCCGCCUCCGAUGGCUCAACUACCUGCGUCCUGAUAUCAAGAGGGGCAACAUAUCGGAGGAUGAGGAGGAGCUCAUCAUCAGACUCCACAAGCUCCUUGGAAACAGAUGGUCUCUGAUUGCAGGAAGACUGCCGGGACGAACAGACAACGAAAUCAAGAACUACUGGAACACAACCUUGGGGAAGAGGGUGCAUGGCCAACCAAGUCUAGAUUCGAAGCCAAGAUCUACGGCCAAAUCCAAAGGCGAAAAUCUGACGACUGGGCCGCCGGUAGCCCGCCUACCGCCUCCGACGGACCCACCCGUGAUCCGAACCAAGGCUAUGAGGUGCACUCGGACCUUCUGCGCUCCGGACCAACUCACAUCCUCACCCCCAAACACCGACCAGCAUCUAGAUUUGGUGCAGAGAGAGAUGAGCACUCUUUUGGUAGUACCCCAACACGAGUCUCUCGAUGAUCCUGGGAUGGGCUCCAUAGAUUCUGAUAAGGCUCGUCCUUUGGAUUUGGAUUUGUUGCAGGAUAUAGGCGAAGGGAUUCAAGUUGGGGACAAUGGAACGAGUGAAGAAGACAGCAGCACUUGCUUAGGCAUGUGUUUAAAUGAUUCAGUGCCGUUCGAUGGGACGAUGCCUGAAAUUUGGCUGGCAAAUGAAUGCUAUCAGCCUGAUGUCACACUGGAUCUCCAAUCCUUGUCUUCUCUACUAGAUUCAGAAGAUUUCUGGUUUUAGAGGAUAUCAAGAUGAUGAGGCUUGAGACAUCUAUAACACCAUUGUAAAAUAAAUGGAGAGAGAGAGAGAGAGAGAGAGAGAGUGUGUGAGAGUGAGGGAGAGAGACUGAUUGCAUGAUCUUUAUGUUUGCUCGAAUAAAUAAAUAAGCAGCCAAAAGGUUGUUUGGCUGAUGUAUCUCACUUAUGAAUGGAGCAAUAUUAUUAAACCUUAAGUUGACAU